UAAUCCCAGGUACUCUCCAUACCUUCUAGUAAAUUUUCCAGCUAAUCCCAGGUUUUCCCUAUUUUGUUUGCUUAAAAAUUUCUCGACUUGGUGAGGCCUUUACAUACUCCUUUCCAUUGUUUUCUUUUCAGAAUUUUCUGAUUAAAUUAAGGUGUGAAAUUACUUUUAAAAAUGUUAUUUUAGAUUAAGAUGGUUAUACUUAUAGGUGUGUAUUUUCUAGAGCGAAGAUUAACUAUACACUUUAUUGUUAUUAUAUAUCAAAGUGCCUUCAUUUUAAUCUGUAUACAAUCAACAGAACAGCAGAGACUCCAGAUCUAGAUUGUAAAUCUUUCAAGUUUUACAGUGACAUAGGUUCAAAAUGGGAAGAACAAGAUUGCCCGACAAAGCUUGGAACUACUGCACAAUGGUUGACGGGAAAAGCUGUCAUGUCUGUUGCAUUUUCUGUGGACACACCAUGUGGGGAGGUGUAAGUCGUCUCAAGGAGCAUCUUGCACAGAAGCGAGGAGAUGUGGCAGAAUGCAAAAGAUGUCCAGCAAACGUGACAAUGGAGAUGCAGGAGCAUCUAAUACAGGUAUCACUUGAAAAAGAGAACAAACAGAAGCGGAAGAGAGAAAUGUUGGAGGACAUGAGAAAGAAGAAAGGGCAAUGUCACUCUUCACCACAACCACCACCACCACCACCACCUCCUCAAGGAGAGGUUGUGGAGGAGAUGGAUGAGAAGGAAAAAGCUUUACUCGACGAAGCUAUAAAAGAGAGCCUCCAAACACACAAAAUGGAAGAAAUGAAAGAAAGAAAUGAGGAAGCUGACUUAGCAAGGGCUUGCCUUGAGAGUGUCCAGCUAUAUGAGCAGGAACUGCUGAUGCGUCAAAACGGUUCGAGCUCCCGUUAUGACUAUGAUGAGACAGACUUCGACAUCGACAUGAACUUUUAAAUUGAGAUACUCUAAGUUAUCAUAGUUUAAUUUGAUCAAUUUCUGCUAAUAAUUGAGUACUCUUAUCAUAUGAACUUAGUUACCUUUUAAUCUUUACAUUCUUCUAUCUUUUAUGUUUCAGAACAACUUAUUUUCUAAUAAAAGUUCAAUUUCUUUAAGCAUAGGGUGGAAAAAAUACAUGUUUCAAGCAUUCUAUCACACUUAUCAUAUCAAAUCCAACAUUCUUUCUUUAUCAAAUCCAAAUCAAUCCUAUAAAAUUCAAGACAAGCUCUUUUUAUUUUAAACAAAAAUUAAAAU